AUGUUACACGUGUAUAUUUGGACACCUAAAUUAUUAGGACCUGAAGAUCAAAAAAAAAGUGAAGACUCUUCUGAAGAUGAAGACAGUACUUUAGGAAACUUAGUUAUAGAAGGACAAGCUGAUCCUGAGUAUUAUGCUGAACUUACUGAGGCUAUAAAUAAACAAAUAAGAUCUAUGCAAGAUCAUGCAGAUGCUAUUAAGAAAACAACAGGUGUUCUUAAAGAAGAAGAAGAAAAUAAAGAAACAACAGAUCCCUUGCAAGCAGUUAAUAACUUAGAACAAAUGGAAUAUACUCUAAAGUUGUUAAGACAGAGUCUGCUAAGACAUUCAGAGCCAAACUGGGUACAUGAUAGUAAAGGUUCAGACUUACAAGGAAAUGACUAUGAGAAAAUAGAUGAAAAUCCUCAAGACAUACUAGAUACACUACCUCCAUUACCUAAAGAGGAAGAAGUAGAACUGUCACCAGAAGUAAAAGAAGCAAAAGAAAUAUAUGAUGCUGCAAUAGCAAAGCUUAACCGUAGAUCACCUGAUCUUCGCGGUGCAAUUUUACAAGUGAAAUAUGCAGCUGAUAGAGGAUAUUUGCCCGCCAAGAAUAAAUUGGCCUGGUCUUACAUAUAUGGCGAGGGUGUCGAGUUGGAUGUGGAAAAGGCGAAGAAAAUAUUUGAGGAGUUAGCUGAAGAGGGCAAUGCCGAUGCUCAUGCUGGGAUGGGCUUCCUCUACGCCACAGGUAUAGGGGUCCCUGUAUCGCAAGCGAAAGCAUUAGUACACUACACGAUGGGUGCCCUUGGUGACAGUGACUAUGCACAAAUGGCGCUCGCAUACCGGCACUGGGCCGGUGUGACGCUGCCCAGCUCCUGUCCAAAAGCAAUGGACUUGUAUAUGAAGGUUGCUCAUAAAGUGGCAAGCCAAGUGAGCCUAAGCGGGGGUCCCGCCAUACAGCGAGUGCGGCUCAUGGACGAGGCGGAGGGGAACUCCCCGGGCGCCGCGCUCGACACCGACCUCAUCGAGUACUACCAGCUGUUGGCUGAAAAGGGAGAUGUGCAAGCGCAGGUAGGGCUCGGGCAGCUCCACUUCCAAGGCGGGCGAGGAGUCACUCUGGACUUGAACAAGGCGCUGCACUACUUCCAACAGGCAGCCAAAACUGGGAAUGCUGUAGCAAAUGCUUUCCUCGGCAAGAUUUAUUUAGAAGGAGGGGAUGGUAUCAAGGCAGAUAAUGAGACAGCAUUACGCUACUUCAAGAAAGCAGCCGAACUGAACAAUCCUGUAGGUCAGAGCGGGCUUGGUAUUAUGUAUUUACAGGGUCGCGGCGUACCGAAGGAUACUUCGACCGCGUUCAAGUAUUUCGCAAUGGCGGCCAACCAGGGCUGGGUCGAGGGGCAGCUUCACUUGGGCUUUAUGUACUUUGGCGGUAUCGGCGUGCGGCGCGACUUCAAGCAGGCCAACAAGUACUUUUCGCUGGCGUCGCAGUCGGGCCACGUGCUGGCGCUGUACCACCUGGCGCAGAUGCACGCGCAGGGGCUGGGCGUGCUGCGCUCCUGCACCACCGCCGUCGAGUUGUUCAAGAACGUGUGCGAGCGCGGGCCGUGGGCGGCGCGGCUGAUGCCGGCGCACGCGGCGUGGCGCGCGCGCGACGCCGACUCCGCCUACCUGCAGUACGCGGCGCUGGCCGAGCGCGGGUUCGAGCUUGCGCAGAGCAACGCCGCCUACCUGCUCGACGACGGCGCGACGCGACUGUUCCCCGAGUCGGAGCGCUGGGCGCGCGCGCUGCAGCUGUGGGCGCGCGCGGCGGCGCAGGGCUGCGCGGGCGCGCGCGUCAAGCUGGGCGACUACCACUACUACGGGCAGGGCUGCGCGCGCGACUUGGAGCUGGCGGCGCACCACUACCGCGUGGCCGCCGACGCGCUGCACAGCGCGCAGGCCACCUUCAACCUGGGCUACAUGCACGAGCGCGGCCUGGGCCUGGCGCGCGACCUGCACCUGGCCAAGCGCUGCUACGACCUGGCCGCCGACGCCUCUCCCGACGCGCGCCUGCCCGCCGCGCUCGCGCUCGCGCGCCUGCACGCGCACUCCGCCAUAGAGACCAUGCUCGAGUCUCUCUCGCAGAGUCCGCUGGCCAUGAUCUUCCUCUCUGGCGAGUCCGCGUUCCUCUCCAACUGGGACCUGUACCUCAUCACGGCACUGCUGGGCGCGCUGGGCGUGGUGGUGUACCUGCGCCGGCCCGCCCAACCCGCCAAC